AAUAAAUAAAAUAAAAAUUUCGAAACUAAAAAAAAAAUUAUAAAAAAAGUUCGAAUUUGAAAAGAUAUAAUCUAAAAAUAUAAAAAAAAAUUCAUUUUUUUAUUAUUAUUAUUUUUAUAUAUAUCUAGGAUAUUAGGGUCCUUUUACCUAUUAAAUAAAAUAUUUUGGUUAUUUUUUUCCUUGUGAUCUAUUUUUGUGAUCAAAACUUAAAAAUAUUAUAUUUAGGAGAAUUGCCCUUUAGUCAUUUAUCAAUUCAGCGCACUAGCUAGUUUGACCGUAUUGCAAGCUACUUUGGCAGAAAAUUCAUAUUCGUAGACUUUAGUCCUCUUCGUUUGGUUGCCGCAGGUUUCAGCGUCAGCGGCAGUGUCAGCGGCGACGGCAGCGUCAAUAAUGACAGUUGUUGUUCGUUUCGCAGACGCUGACGCUGCCGCAUAUUAUAUCGCGACCGCAGGUUUUAUCGGCGUCAGCCGCAGGACGCGGUGUUCGGACGCGGCGUCAAACGCAGCUUCCUACGUCAACGAAACGAACAAAAGUUGACGCAGAAUGUUGACGCUGCCGCUACCGCCGAUACCUGCGGCAACCAAACGAAGAGCCCUUUCAUCCAUUGACUGACUUGAUCCCCAGAUUCGCACUAUAAAUUAGUUGCACAAUGGUACGUUUCAAAGUAUUAACAAAAAAAUCAUAUCUAAACGUUUAUUUCGUGAAAAUGUCUCAAUCAAGGAUAUUAUCCUCAUCACCAAGUUACCAACGUUGCUGAUUCUUCUCAGCCUUCUAAUGGCUUCAUUUUUCGACACCACGUCACGUGUAUGUAACACCCUCUAAUCAUCUCGUAUGACCAUAUUGAUUAUGUUAUAUAAUAUUACAUUAUUUUUCUGUUAUUACUAAUGAUAUAGCUGCGCAAAUCGGAGUAUUCUACAUGACUAUCAUCUCUAUGCGGUCUCCGUGACUCGGUGACGGAUGUAUAUGGGCCCUUACUAGGCCUUAAAUGGGCCUAACAAUAAGGGCUCGACAGCUAUUUUUGUGACUCAGUGACAGUGUAUAUGUGCCUUUGAUGGGAGGAGAGAGUAGAAUUCAAAAGGAUCAAAUCAUCCCGCCAUUGACAGAAACUCAGAGGAACCUUAGCUCGGAAGCGAAUCUAGAAGAUGACGGAGUUUCCUUCUACGACGGAGAGAACGGCUGCGUCUUCUCUCCUCCUCCUUUCCUAUGCGCCGGUGUUCUUCUCACCUACAAGGUUGGGAUCUGUGGAGAAAACGAGCUAUGUGAGCAAGUGGUGUGACGAAGGAAGCUCGAAUCUGAGCUUGAUUUUGAAAUCUACAGGAUCGGGAUCGUUCGGCUCGGCUCUAUCAAGCGAUGGUAACGAUCGCGGAUUCAAAAUCAAGUUUGCUGGAGAUCGAUUCAGUCUCAUGAAUCUCAAGAUAGCAAGAAAACGCCGUUCUCAGGUCACUUGGGGAUCUUUCAACUUUGUGAACUCUGUGUGUGAUCUCUCCACAUGCUCCGUUGAUUCGAAAGAAGAGUCGUCAUGCUUGUCGACUUGUUCGAGUGAGGUUUCCACCACUGCAAGCAGAGUCAAACUCAGAAACCAGAAAAGUCACGAGAGGGUAAGAGUGGAAGUGAAGAAGAAAGAAAGUAGCAGGUCGAGUUCUAUACGCCGUAGAGCAAAAGAUAUCUUGGAGUUUCUUUCCUCAGCCUCUGCUUCUGAGGUUCAAAUCCGUCAGAUUCUCGGCAACACACCAGAUACAAGCAAAGCUCUCAGAAUGUUGUUGCAGAUGGAGGAAGUAAAGAGGUUUGGCACCGGGGGAAGACUUGAUCCCUAUAUUUACAAGGUGUGAAACUCUAACUUCCAUAUUCUUCAUAAUAACAUAAGAUUGUUUGGAUUGAGUACCCUGCAAGUAGAUUGAAACUUGAAAGCUACACACAUAAUAUGGAAUAUGCCUUACAAUGAUCAUAGACUCCUUUGCUUUUUUUUUUGUAGAUUGCAUGAAAAACUAAGACGUUGCUGGAAGCAGGUAUGACUUAUACUAUAUCCCUCUGCAACCUUGUGGUUAUAUACAUUCUAAGUUGUCCUGACUAGGGAAAUGAAACGAUAUAUAUAUACACAUGGCUAUAUAUAUAUGGCCUAGAACGCUAGUAGAAUUUAUAAAUGGGCUCUGCUAUACUACAUACCCGGAAGUAACUAAAAAGUAGAGUCAAGGUUAGUUAUUUGACUAAUCUUAUAAACCAAAUCUAACUUUCUCUGGUGACAAAUCUAAUAAAAGUGUUUUUGGCAAGAAGUUUUUGAAAUUUCAUUAAUGGCAAAUCAUCACUUAAAUUGGCAAGUUAGUAUAAAUCAUAAGUAUUAAUUUGAUCUGUUUACUUAAAGUAGACAAAGGAGGAAGGGUAAGUUUCCUUUGCAAGUAAUUCAAAUGUCAUAUUUUAGAUAUACGUAAACUAAAUAAAAUUUAAAUUUUUUUCAACUUUUUUUUAACUAACUGUCAUAUACAAACCAAUUAACAUGCGUCAAAUAUCAAAUUCAGUUAACACUAGUAUAAUUUGCUGUAACAGUUUGUAUAAAUUCAUAGAGAUAGUGGAGUGUGUCUUACUUUUGUUAAUUACUUUUUGAAAAUAUUACUAACAAAAACUCAUACGCUAUGAAUUUAAAGUCCAAAAAGUCUUAAAGCAAGUCCAAAAUAGUCGGAUGAUACUAAACGCUUAAUUUUCAAGCGACUUUUGCGGUAUUGCCGCAGUCAAAAAUACGCGGCGACUGUUUGGUAAAGGGACGACCCAAUGUACGCGGAUUCAUUAAUUUCCUAUUAAUUAUUAGAAAACAUAGAAAGAAAAACGUUAAGAAACGCUAAACCGGUUCCUUAAAAACAAAAAAACGCUAAAUUUACAUCUCAGAAUAAGAUUUUCAGUUUCCUAUAAUUUAGACCCUAUAGUUUCAUAAAUAGAUAUACAGUCCCAAAGGUUUUCAACAUUUCAAUUUUUUUUUGUCAACCAAUAAAUUUCAAUUUAGUACUCUCAUUCUGAUAUACUAUUUAUCUGGUAUUUAAUAAUUUAUCAUGAGUAGUAAGCAAACAACUAAUAUUAACAACUUAUGGUAAGUAAGAUUAUAAUAAAUAGACAUGAGGGGCACAUUUAAAAUAUAAUAAAACGUAGGGACAAGGGAAAAAUACAGGAAAUAACUAUGAAACCCUCGAGAAAAGACUUGGUCCGCUUUUCCUGCAUCCUAUAAAUUUGACUCGACUUGGACAAAAACUCUCCAUCUCUCUCUAUAUCUCUCCCUCUCUCUCUCUUCAAGAGAAAGAGAACAAAAAAAUAAAAAGAUCUUCAAAGAAUGGGAAAGUACGGGGAGAUGUUGGAUCUAGGCGUGAGAAUAGUGGCGAGGUUUCAUUCUCACUGUCCUCAGACGGCGCGUCUCUAUUACCAUCCUCCUUCCGACGGCCACCACCAUCGCGGCGUCACUGAUUUAAUCGGAGGUGGUGUAACGGGUGUGUCGGGUCAAGAUUCGAAGGGGUUAGUUGGUGGAUUAGGAGCUGGAACUGUUGCUAGUUGUGGUGUCAAGUCUUCUCAAGUGUAUGAAGACGCCAGAGAUCUCUUGUUAUUCUCUGUUGUUUGAUUGAUUUGUCAACAAAAAAAUUCAUAUUCUUUUGGUUACUGAUUGAGAAAACUGUUCUUGUGAGGUUCUGUGAUACAAUUAAACAAUCUUUGGAUUCCAAAACUAUUGGAUGUUGAUGAUAAUUUGAUUAAUA